AUGCCACCGCAAGGAGGCCGGUUUCCCGGCCAUAACCUGUCGAAUCCAUUUGCGCACCUAUCCGGACCCCUACAGCAGGGUGGGCCCCAUAUACCGCAGCAACAACACCAGCAUAACCUUCAACACCCCGCAUUCGCCCCCAACAACCCUGCGAAUAAUAUGAACGUAUUCGGACACAAUCCAGCGGGUUUCCAGUCUAAUGCGGGCAUAGGAGGCAGUAUGGCCGGUGCUGCUUUGGGAGCUGCAGCAGGCCUGGGCGCCGGCACGGGACUAGAUGGCCACGAGGCGCGCCUAAGGUUCCAACAGGGCGGACAAUUGCACGAAGCGAAUAUCGCCCGAGGACAGGAUGGUGGGAAAGGACUGGGGCAGCGUAUACGCGAAGUAUGGCGGACAAACCUGCAUCAAGAGAUGGACCUCUUACGCUCUUUAGUCGAGCAGUAUCCUUACAUUAGUAUGGAUACCGAAUUCCCCGGCGUGAUCGCAAGACCCAUCGGAGAUUUUCAGACAAAAGCUUCUUAUCAUUACCAGACCGUACGGUGUAACGUUGACAUUCUCAAAAUCAUACAACUCGGGAUUACAUUAUUUAACAUUGAGGGCGAGGUACCCCCUCCUCACCUUGAUGCGUCCGAGCUGAGCUACCAACCAAAAGCUUUGCAGCACUAUGCAAACAAGAUCGUCGUUUGCCCUUGUACCUGGACUUUCAACUUCAAAUUCAAUCUCCAGGAGGACAUGUACAACGAGGAGUCUAUUCAACUUCUGAAGAAAUCGGGUGCGGACUUCGAGAAAUUCCCUACGCAGGGUAUCGAUCCGGAAGAGUUUGGCUCGCUCCUGACGACAUCUGGGCUCGUUCUCAUGGAUAACGUCAACUGGGUUUCGUUCCAUUCGGGUUAUGAUUUCGCCUACUUAAUCAAGCUCUUGAGUUGCCGACCAUUGCCUACGGAUGAGGAAGCCUACCGCAAACUGGUGCAGAUAUACUUUCCUAGGUUGCUGGAUGUGAAGUACCUGUGGCGGCAUGCCACCAAUCUCGUCCGCCGGGGCGUUAUCGGGGCACAGGCGACAAACAUAUUGAACAACCUCGGAACGAAGUCGGGCCUCCAGGAUCUGGCCGAUGAACUUGGUUGCCCUCGUAUUGGUACUUCGCACACGGCUGGCUCUGAUGCGUGGCUGACCGGAAGCGUCUUCUGGGAACUGAAGAAGAAAGUCUUCAACGGCGAGAUUCCCGAGGAAAUGAACGGACAGAUGUGGGGCCUUACGGGAGUAGGCCCACCUGCCAGCGCUACGGCCCAAGCUGCAGUCCUGGCUCAUAACCAGCAGAGCCUUGGCGGGUAUCCGGGCAUGAAUGGAGGAAUGAUGUAUCACGGGCAUAGGGGCGAUGGACCAAGCACGCCGACAAGCCAUCCUGCAGGUCUAGCAUCCACACCUGGGCCCGGACAGCACAGCGGCAUGAUGACACCGGGAGCAACCGGUGCGUUUGGUGAGUUUAGGUACGGCGGCAAGUAA